AUGAAGACAUUCAUUCUUCUUGCUUGCCUCUUGGCAUUAUGCCAAUUAAUUUCAUGUAUGAACUCUGUCUCUGUCCAUAGUGGUGUAGGUGGCCAUAUCAUUGGUUCUCCUUUCGAAUCAAAUAGUCCCUCUCCAAAAUUCACAACUAAUUCAAUCCCAACUAUUCCAUCCCAUGCGUCAUCUAAUAUCCAAUCUGUUAAAAGAUCAGUUAAAGCUUGCACUUGUUCUGGUUGUUUUUCAGAUACUGAUAUCAAUCGUAAAAUUUACAGUUUCAAUAGCACAUGUCAAGAUUCCAGAAACUUUGUAGGAAUUUCUUUCAAUCUUGGUUCAGAUAAUACUCAAGAAAUGUAUCAAACUUACAUGUUGAAGAAUGAACAAUAUAAGAGUUUGUUAAUCAAUCAACCAUUCUACUAUUUCGAUUCAUUCUAUACCAAUUGUCUAACUAGUCAGGAUACAACCGUUUACAAUUCUCCAUCUGUUAUCACAGCUUACUAUUGUGAUUCUCAAAUAUCAAAUGCCACAACUUGCAAUUCCAAGUAUAAGCAUAAUGGCGCUUGUUAUAUUGGAUUGAAUUGGAUUAAUGCUACAAGUUAUUUUGAUUCCACUAAUUUGAAAAUUAAUAUUGAUUUGAUUGGAAAUGAUGGAAAGUUGUGGAUUCGAUCUGCUUCAAAUAUUAAGGUUACUGUGAAGGGAACAUUAUAUUCGAAUUCAUUCACUGCCAAGAAUUCCUAUUUGGGAUCAAUUGUUUUCACAUUUGGUGUUCCAACUACAAGUGAUACCUAUUCAAUCUCAGUUGAGGCUGAGAAUUACUUUGGUGUUGUUACGAAAGAUUUAGUUCAAGUGGCAAAUAAUAGAAAUUCUGCAAAUGUUGUGAGUUUGAGAGGAGUUGUUAUCAUGUUGAUUGCCAUGAUUGUCUCCUUCGCGUUCUAA